AUGGGUAGAAUCAAAUCAAUAUCCAAUUACGAAGAUCUGCGAAAAGCUCGUAUUUCCGAAAACCAGGCCCGAUUGGCCUCUCUCGGGCUCGCGAAGACCAUUUCGGAGCUCCGGGCCUUGACUUCAUCACCAAAAUCUGAUGAAUCCCAUGUCAGAAAACACCGUAAAGUCGAUCACAGUUCAACCCCUCUGCGGCGUUCGGCUCGGUUGGGAGGAAAAACACCGCCACCACAAGAAAAGUCGGGCUAUUUAGAAGGCGAUGAUGAGAGUGACGAUGAAAAUGAAAAGAAGGGAGGCAAAAGGGGCUUGCAAACGCAUAAGAUUUCUUUAGAAGCUUUGGCCAGAAGAUGUGAAAGUAAAAGCAGAGGAAGUUUGUAUCAUCCUGUUUAUGGGAUUUGCUGCCAUUUUUGCAGGCAAAAGAAACUGUGUGGUGAAGAAGAUUGCAAACGUUGCGGUGAUUUAGACAUGGAUCAGCCGUGCACAGGGAAAACGGAUUGCUCUAAUUGUCAUUCUUCAAAUGGAAUUCUAUGCCGAGCCUGUCUGAAGGUCCGGUACGGUGAAGAAUUGGAAGAAGUGAGAGCAAAUAAAGAGUGGAUGUGCCCACACUGUAUUGAAGUCAAAGGAAUCAAACCUUACUGGAUAUGUAACAGCUCGCUAUGUCUAAAGAAGCGAAAGAUGGUCCCAACUGGAAUAGCCAUAUUCAGAGCGAGAGAGAUGGGAUACAAAUCUGUUGCACAUUUACUGAUGGACGAGCUCCAACGAACAGCCUCAACAUAA